CUGCCCCCUUCGCCCCGAGAGCGCCCUGAGGCCGUCCGCCGAGCCGGAGGGAGGGUCGAGCCAUGUUGCGCAGGCGGCACAGGGACGAGAACGACGGACAGCAGCGCAAGAGAAGGAGAACGUCUGAAACGGUUAAAGUUGCAGAGACAUUGGAAGACUUAAUAAGUACAUUGGGAGAAGAGAGUUGUUCUUCUUUGGAAAGUAACUUAGAUGACUUGGCUGAGGUCUUGGAGGCAGAUCUGCCAAACUCCAAAAACAAAUUACUGAGACUCCUUUGUGCAGUUGCACGUCUGUUACCACAGAAGAUGACCAUUUACACAACUCUUGUUGGAUUGCUGAAUGCCAGGAACUACAAUUUUGGUGGGGAGUUUGUAGAAGCGAUGGUACGUCAGCUGAAAGAAUGUUUGAAAGUCAACAUGUACAAUGAAGCUGUAUAUUUAGUGCGCUUUCUUUCUGAUCUUGUGAAUUGUCACGUAAUAGCUGCACCCUCAAUGGUAGCCAUGUUUGAGAAUUUUGUUAGUGUGACGCAGGAGGAGGAUGUACCUCAGGUGCGGUGUGACUGGUACGUGUACGCGUUCCUGUCAUCCUUACCUUGGGUGGGGAAGGAGCUCUAUGAGAAAAAGGAUACUGAAAUGGAGCAGAUCUUGUCCACUGUUGAAAACUAUCUGAAACGGCGUCAGAAGACUCACGUGCCCAUGCUACAAGUCUGGUCUGCUGAUAAACCACAUCCACAAGAAGAGUACUUGGAUUGCCUCUGGGCCCAGAUCCAGAAGAUGAAGAAGGAUCACUGGCAAGAGAGGCACGUUCCGAGGCCGUACCUCGCUUUUGACAGCGUGCUUUGUGAAGCGCUGCAGCACAACCUGCCUCCUUUUGCGCCCCCGCCCCACACGGCGGACUCCGUGUACCCGAUGCCGAGAGUCACUUUCCGAAUGUUUGACUACACCGAUGAUCCCGAAGGCCCAGUUAUGCCUGGGAGCCACUCUGUGGAACGAUUUGUGAUCGAAGAAAACCUUCACUGCAUCAUCAGGUCCUUUUGGAAAGAGAGGAAUACAUGCGCUGCCCAAUUAACAAGCUAUCCAGGAAACAACAAGAUCCCUCUGAAUUACCACGUUGUUGAGGUCAUUUUUUCUGAGCUGUUUCAGCUUCCUGUUCCGCCUCACACCGAAGUCAUGUAUACCACACUUUUUAUUGAACUUUGCAAACUUCAGCCUGGAUCUUUACCUCAAGUUCUUGCCCAAGGUACAGAAAUGUUGUACAUGCGCUUAGAUACAAUGAAUACUAUCUGCGUAGAUAGGUUUAUUAAUUGGUUUUCCCAUCAUCUUAGUAAUUUUGAGUUCCGUUGGAGUUGGGAAGAUUGGUCAGAUUGUCUUUCUGAGGAUCUUGACAAACCCAGGCCUAAGUUUGUACGAGAAGUACUGGAAAAAUGCAUGAGGCUUUCCUACCAUCAGCGAAUAAUAGAUAUUGUUCCUGCUAGUUUUUCAGUCCUGACUCCUGCAAAUCCAACAUGUAUUUAUAAAUAUGGAGAUGAAAGUAACAAAUCUCUUCCCGGAUACAAUGUUGCACUCUGUUUAAGCAUUGCCAUUAAAAAUAAAGCAAGUAAUGAUGAAAUCUUCACCAUUCUGAAGGAGGUGCCCAAUCCUAAUCAGGAUGAUGAUGAUGAUGAAGGCUUCUCAUUCAAUCCUUUAAAAAUCGAGGUUUUUGUCCAGGCACUAUUGCACUUAGCCUCAAAGUCUUUCAGUCACUCUUUCAGUGCUCUGGGAAAAUUUCGAGAAGUCCUGAAAACUCUGGCUGAAAGUGAUGAAGGGAAGCUCCACGUUCUCAGAGUUAUGUAUGAAGUAUGGAAGAAUCAUCCUCAGAUGAUUGCUAUACUGGUGGAUAAGAUGAUUCGCACACAGAUUGUGGACUGUGCUGCAGUGGCAAACUGGAUUUUCUCUCCAGAGCUAGCUCAUGAUUUUACAAGAUUUUAUAUUUGGGAGAUCUUACAUUCUACCAUUCGUAAGAUGAACAAGCAUGUGAUGAUGAUCCAAAAGGAGCUAGAAGAAGCCAAGGAAAAAUUAGCCAAGCAGCACAAAAGACGUGAUGAUGCCCGAAGCAAUGAGAGGGAAAACUGGCCCCUCGAAGAGCAGAUUGAACGCUUGCAAGAAAAAGUUGAAUCGGCUCAAAGCGAACAAAAAAACCUCUUCCUUGUGAUAUUCCAGCGUUUCAUUAUGAUCCUAACAGAGCAUCUGGUACGAUGUGAAACAGGAGGGACUGAUGUAAUUACACCUUGGUACAAGAACUGUAUAGAGAGGCUGCAGCAAAUCUUCUUACAGCAUCAUCAGAUCAUCCAACAGUACAUGGUGACCUUGGAGAACCUUCUAUUUACAGCAGAAUUGGAUCAUCACAUAUUGGCUGUAUUUCAACAGUUCUGUGCACUGCAGGGCUGACUUUUUUCUGUAGAGGACUGAAUUUCAUCUUUUUAGGUUUAAGAUGGAAACUUUGUAAGAAAGAGGAAAAAAACCUUUUAAUCUGAAAAUGUGUUAACUGUGCUGUCCUAGAUAAGCUACACAUUGCUCAAAUUUUCAGCAGUAGGGGCCUUAUGCUAGUUAUGAUUGCUGGAUGAUUGGGAUGGAAUAAUACAUGGAUUUCUAAAUUUGAAAUGGAUUGAAUAUUGACUUCGCCAUAGCAUCCCUUUUGUGCCCUCCUAUUGUUGGUAUAAAAAUUAAAAAUAGAAGAUAAUAAAUAGAGGUGGCUUUUUGUUUGCCCUUUGCAUAUCAACAGAUUCCAUAAUAAUGUGAAACAAGUCUCAAAACAUAUGAAUCUGUCUGAAGAGGGCCUUUCCAGUGGUAAUACUCAAAGCUCCACAAGAAACUGAAACCUCGAAUAUAUGAAUGCUGAAAUGGCCAAGUCUGCAAAGGAGUCUUGAAUAUGUUUGCUACCAGAAUGAAUUAUCAUGGCUGUGUGAAACAUACAAUGUUUUUUCUAUCAGUCUAAUGUGCUUAUUUUGGGUCACAUGGAAUGGGAAAAAAAUCUGGUUAAGAAAUAAUUACUAAAACAGCAAUUUGUGCUGCUCAGUGCAGACUUAAGUUGCAUUAAGUGACUUAAUUAAAGCAAUCAACAACUAGCUUGACCUGCAUUCCAUAGCUCAAGAUUGUCUGACUACUAUGGGUUCUUGGUAUUCUCAUGUUUCCUUACUAGGCUAGGCAACAUUAUGUACUGAUGAUGUAAUCAGCCUGUUAAUGAAAUGUCUUCAAGAAGAAAAGCAAGCUCACAGAAUACCAAAGACUAUUCUCAGCUAUAUUCACCAACAUGUGAGGCCCAGAUGUUUUCCCUGCCAAAGAACAUGUACCUCUAAGGAGAGUUGGGCAAGGAGACUUCCAGCACCGUAAUACCAGUAGUUUAAACCAGUGUUUCUCAACCUUGUCAACUUUAAGAUGUGUGGACUUCAACUCCCAGAAUUCUCCAGCCAGCAGAUCCUCAGAUCCUCAGUCUUAGCCCUCCCAGUGGCAUCCUCCGUGGCAACCACAUGGCUCGGUCUGAUGUUUGGGGGCUUACAGUCUGUGACUGUGUUGAAAUAACACUAAAUCAGAACCACGCAAAUCACGUUAUGGUGUGUUAUGUUCUUUCAUGCAGCCACUAUAUCCACAGUGAUAAGGUUCACAGAACCAAGUGCAAGGAUGUGUUUCUUCUUCCAUAUAUCCUAUAAUGUAUAUGUGUAUGACCGUCAAAACUGGAAAGUGUUUUUCUAACCCACAAACUACUGUAGAUAUAUAUGAAAAGCUUUAAGUAUGCAUGCAAUGAUACAGAUAAGCAUUUAACUGUAUUAUACAGUUAAAUAUUUUUAUUAUUCAAUAAAUGUAACAUUUUAAUAAAAGGA